AUGUCAACGGAAGCGGCGGACGGGCGAGCGUCGUCGUCGGACGAGCGGGAGGACGAGUCGGGCGGCGAGCAAAACGCAGCGGGUAGGAAAGCCGCAGGCGGCGCCAUCCUGGAGGGCAAACGCGCCAAGAAGUGCGUGGAGCGACUCUUCGUCGCCGUGCCCGUGGUCAAAGAGAAGCUGACGAUCGCGCAAGGAAGCGGUGACAAGCUGGGCGACAUCCCGCGCAUCAACUUCCAGAUCGCGAAACUCAAGCCAGAAAACCUGAAGCCGCUUCACACCAUCUUGUUCGAACGGCCAGGGACGAUGGCGCGCGUCCGGAAAAACUUGCGCCUCUUCAGCGGCUUCCCCUUCGACGCCGGCAGCGACCAAUACGUCAAGAGGACGGACAAACUUCUCAAGAACGUAUACUGGACCAACGCCAGGCUCAAGCUGGUUUGUCAGAUUUUGGACCUAGAAAAGAAAGGCGUGCGGUCGGAAAUUGUGGACAGGAUCAUGAGCUUCCUCCUGGCGCCCAAAAAAAGCGGAAAGCCUCUUCCCAUCAAGAAGAAGAAGAAGCAGCCACCCAAGAAGAAGACGACCACCGUCUCCAAAAAGUCCAAUGUGGCCAGCGAGUCCAAAGCCGAGUCCAAAGACCAAGAUGAAGACGAGUUGUCUGUUAACGAAGAGGAGGAAGAGGAGGAGGAGCAGGACAACAACGAGACACGUGUCUUGCAACUCGUACAAUGGCUGAAUCUCACACGGUUGUCACGUCUCCGUCAGGCGAGCGAACCGCCGUCCAAGAAACGCCCCAGAGCGGAGAAGACUUCGCCCCAGAGGAAGCGGCCCAAGAAGGUAAAAACCGUCCGAGACCGUCGAGGGCUUCUUUGUGACUCGCUCCCCGUCGGUCAGAAUCCCGACGCCGCGUCCCAAAGCGGCGACGACGCGGACGUGACGCCCGGUGACGAGCGGCUGACGGAGACGGUGCGCGCGCUCCUCAAAGACGCCGACCUGGAGAAGACCACCAUGAAGCAGAUCUGCCAGCUGGUGUUCCGGGCGUAUCCCGGUCACGACCUGAGCGACAGGAAGGACUUCAUCAAGGGGGCCGUCAAGCGUCUCAUCGCAUGA